AUGCUUCGCUUCCGACAGAUGGGAAUCCGUAAUUUCAGCAAGCUAUUUGCCAUGCCUGCUGCCGAGAGCGUGUUCAAGAAACAGCUCAGUUCCACUUUUGUGCCUGCCUCGCGGUUGACGGCCUCAGAUUUAAACCCUCAUGCUCUCAACGCUAAGUAUGCUGUUCGUGGAAGAAUCCCCACCAAGGCAGAGGAGCUGAGAAACCAACUUGCUAACAAGUCGCACUCGUUGCCGUUCAACAAGAUCAUCAACGCCAACAUUGGAAACCCUCAGCAGCUGGACCAAAAACCCCUCACUUUCUACAGACAGGUGCUGGCUCUAUUGCAGUACCCUGAAUUGAUGAACCAUCAAGCUGUAGUCGACGUCCUUCCAAAGGACCUGAUUGAGCGUGCAAGAACGCUCCUCGACUACAUUGGUUCUGUUGGUGCAUAUUCGCACUCUCAAGGUGUGCCUUACAUCAGACAACGGGUUGCGGACUUUAUUUCCGAGAGAGACGGCUACGAAAGUUCACCAGACGACAUUUUCCUCACUGCUGGUGCCUCCACUGCCGUUUCUUACCUUCUGAGUUUGCUUUCUCUGGGUCCCCAAACCGGAUUCCUGAUUCCUAUCCCACAAUAUCCUCUAUAUACUGCGUCUUUGGCUCUGAACAAUUCCACAGCUCUGCCAUACUACCUCAACGAAAAAGACGACUGGUCUAUCAACGCCGAAGACCUCGUGAAAAUCAUUGAGGACGCUCGGGCCCAGGGCGUCGAGGCGCGCUGUUUGGUUCUGAUCAACCCUGGUAACCCAACCGGGGCUAUUUUGAAACCAGAGGCCAUUGCUGAUUUACUGGCAGUAGCUGCCAGAUAUGGCCUGGUUGUCAUUGCUGAUGAGGUUUAUCAGGAAAAUAUCUUCAAUGGCCAGUUUGUUUCGGUCAAAAAGGUCCUCAAACAGUUGCAAGAAGCCGAUGGCUCUGGCAAGUUUGCCGACGUUCAGCUCGCUUCUCUCCACUCCACGUCCAAGGGAAUUUCUGGAGAAUGUGGCCAGAGAGGUGGAUACAUGGAGCUAGUUGGUUUUGAAGACUCUGUUCGUGCACAGCUCUUGAAGCUGGCUUCCAUCUCGUUGUGCCCUCCAGUUUCAGGUCAGGCUUUGGUCGAGCUGAUGAUUAACCCUCCUACCGAAGGCCAGGAGUCUUACCCACUUUAUAAACAGGAAAGAGAUGCUAUUCAUGAGGCUUUGAAGGAGAGAUCUUCCUUGUUGUACGAAGCUUUCAACACAAUGGAGGGUGUUACCUGCCAGAAGCCGGAAGGCGCCAUGUAUCUGUUCCCUAGCCUGACUCUGACCAAAAAAGUUUUCGAGGAGGCUGCCAAGGUGGGCAUGGAGCCAGAUGAAUAUUACUGUGGUCAACUCUUGGAGAACACGGGUAUCUGUGCAGUUCCUGGCUCUGGGUUCGGACAAGUCGAAGGCACUUGGCACGUCAGAACCACAUUCUUGGCCCCAGGAACGGAAUGGAUAGAAGAUUGGAAAAACUUCCACGCAAAGUUCAUGAAAGAACACCAGUGA